UAUAUAUAUUGUUUUUCUAUACUAUCCUUCUUCUUCUUCUUCUGUACCCCUGAUCUCCUCCCUUUCUCAUCUUUCAAGGGGGCAGCGUUGCUUUUUCUUGUCCAAACCAAAGGAAUUUUGGGUAUAUUCAGUGAUCAUCUCAGCUUCUAUGGGUAGUUUGGUAGUAGCUGCAGAGACCAAAAGAGAAGAUGAUGAUCAUCCUUCAUCAGAAAGCCGAUACCAGAAAGGAGUGAAACAUCUAUGUGAAAAUGGCAUUACAAGAGUUCCAAACAAGUAUGUAUUGGCUGUGCCAGACAGACCCAAUCUCCGGGAGCAACAGAAUGUCGCGGCUGCCAAUGACAGUAAUCAUAUUAAGUUGCCUAUCAUCGACUUUGCCCAGUUGCAAGGUCCUGAAAGAUCACAAGUUCUUGAGAACCUAUCAAAAGCUUGUGAAGAAUAUGGCUUCUUUCAGGUGACGAACCAUGGCAUUCCCAUGGAUGUUAUACGUAGUAUGAUCGAUGUGAGUAAAAGGUUCUUCGAGCUUCCAUAUGAGGAGAGGGCCAAGUACAUGACAACGGAUCUGAGUUCGCCUGUCCGUUAUGGGACGAGCUUUAACCAGACUAAAGACGGGGUGUUCUCUUGGAGAGAUUUCUUAAAGCUUGUCUGCAAUCCCCUUCCUGAUAUCCUUUCCCUUUGGCCUUCCUCUCCUCUGGAUUUGAGGCAAUCGGCGGUUACUUACUCCAAAGAAACCAAAUCCUUAUUCGCCAUGCUUAUGAAGGCCAUCCUAGAGAGCCUAGGAUUGGUGGAAGAAGCAGAAGAUGAUGAUGAUGAGAGCAAGGAAGUUUUAAAACAAUUCCAAGAUGGAAGCCAGCUAAUGAUAAUUAACUGCUUCCCACCCUGCCCUGAACCAGAACUUACUCUAGGAAUGCCUCCUCAUUCUGACUAUGGCUCCCUCACUCUUGUUCUUCAAGAUGAGGUUGAGGGUCUUCAGAUACAGUAUCAUGGCAAAUGGUUAACUGUCCAACCUCUCCCUAACUCUUUCGUCGUCAACGUCGGUGAUCAUCUUGAGAUAUUGAGCAAUGGAAGAUAUAAGAGCGUAUUACAUAGGGUUCUAGUGAACUCGAGGAGGUCUCGCAUGUCGGUAGCUUCUUUGCAUAGCUUACCCUUUGAGACUGUGGUCCGACCUGCAUCUAGACUCAUCAAUGAAUCUAAUCCAAGACGUUACAUGGAUACUGACUUUGCUGCUUUCGUUCAGUACUUGUCAUCCUGUGAAACCAAGAAGAAGAAUUUUCUUCAGUCUAGGAAGUUGACUAUGACUCCGUCUGUGGCUACAAAUUAAAAUUAAACUAUUCAGUCUACUAAGUUCAGUUAACUUUUGCUUGACUUUUGUAGCAUCGAUCUCAGUAUAGGUAAACCAGCAAUAAUUUGUUGGGAGCGUAACAGUAUUUUGUAAGGAGUGUCAAACUAUAGUUUUCCUUCCCAAGGGAAGUUAUAUC